AUGGCAGACCUCUCCCACUCCUCCCCCACGGCGGCGGCCGCCGCUGGGGACUCACUCCUCGCACCGCCGACCUCGGACGCGCCGGAGGCCGCCCUCCCCGCCGCCGACCCCUCCCGCUCCUCCCCCACUGCGGUGGCCGCCGCCGGGGACUCCCUCCUCGCGCCGCCGACCUCAGUCGCGCCGGAGGCCGCCCUCCACGCCGCGGGCCCCGAUCUGGACGCGGAGUUCGGGUUCCAGCGCCCCGAGCUCGGCAAGGAGAAGCUCGCCGGCACGGUCGGCUUCCACCAGCGCCACGUCUUCCUCUGCUACAAGAGCCCCGCCGAGUGGCCCUCCCACGUCGAGGCCACCGACUCCGACCGCCUCCCCCGCAUCCUCGCCGCCGCCAUCAAGGCCCGCAAGUCCAACCUCAACAAGAGCACCAAGCUGACCAUUUGUGAGGGAGAAGAUGGGACUGAGUCAUCCCUUGGAGACGUGCUGAUCUUUCCUGAUAUGAUCCGAUACAGAGGGCUGACCCACUUUGAUGUCGACAACUUUGUUGAAGAAGUACUCGUGAAAGAUGUUGAAUGGCUUCCUGGAUCUCCUGAGGCUAUAAAAGGUUCCUAUGUUUUUGUCUGCGCCCAUGGAAGCAGGGAUAAAAGGUGUGGUGUUUGUGGUCCUGCUUUGAUUACAAGGUUCAAGGAGGAGAUUGAAGCCCAAGGUCUCGAUGGCCAGGUGGCUGUUAGUGCAUGCUCACAUGUGGGAGGUCACAAGUAUGCUGGAAAUGUCAUCAUAUUCAGUUCAGAUGCCAAGGGAGAAGUGACAGGUCAUUGGUAUGGUUAUGUUGCUCCUGAUGACGUGCCUGUGCUGCUGCAUAAACAUAUUGGACAAGGAGAGAACGUGGACCAUCUGUGGAGGGGUCAGUUGGGUAUGACUGAAGAGCAACAGAAGAAAGCUUUGGAGCUGAAGCACAUGACGAAUGGAGUGACUGGAGAUGAAUCAAGCGCCAAGGAAGCAAGUGGAACCAACGGUGCACCUGCAGGUGGGUGCUGCCAGGCCAAUGGAGGAGGCUUUACCUGCUGCCAAAGUGAUCAGCCAGAAGAAAAACAGGACAAGAGUGUUCCAGCUGAGGAGAACCACAAGAGCUCUGCGACAGAGACCGACAAAGAAAGCGGCAAGAAGGAGGCGCUCGCCGGGACGGUGGGCUUCCACCAGCGCCACAUGUUCGUUGUCCACGACAACAUCGAGGCCACGGAGUCCGACAGCCUCCCGCGCAUCCUCGCCGCCGCUAUCAAGGCCCGGAGAUCCAUUUUGAAGAAGAGUACCAAGCUGACCAUUUGUGAAGGAGAAGAUGGCACUGAGUCAUCCCUUGGAGACGUGCUGAUCUUUCCUGAUAUGAUCCGAUACAGAGGGCUGACCCACUUUGAUGUCGACAACUUUGUUGAAGAAGUACUCGUGAAAGAUGUUGAAUGGCUUCCUGGAUCUCCUGAGGCUAUAAAAGGUUCCUAUGUUUUUGUCUGCACCCAUGGAAGCAGGGAUAAAAGCUGUGGUGUUUGUGGUCCUGCUUUGAUUACAAGGUUCAAGGAGGAGAUUGAAGGCCAAGGUCUCGAUGGCCAGGUGGCUGUUAGUGCAUGCUCACAUGUGGGAUGUCACAAGUAUGCAGGAAAUGUCAUCAUAUUCAGUUCAGAUGCCAAGGGAGAAAUGACAGGUCAUUGGUAUGGUUAUGUUGAUCCUGAUGACGUGCCUGUGCUGCUGCAUAAACAUAUUGGACAAGGAGAGAUCGUGGACCAUCUAUGGAGGCGUCAGGUUUGUUUCGCUAAAGAGCAGCAGAGGUUGAGGAGCAUGACAAUGCAGUUUGAUCUCAAUUCCUCACAUGUGCCAGAAACACGUGCAGAGAUGGAUGUGCCUCCACCGCCUCCCUCCCCGACAAGUGAAGCUGUAACUAACUCAGUGCUUCAACCCCCAAAUGGAGGUACUGAGCCAAGAAUUGUACUUACUCCUCAAAUUGACCAGAAGCUUCUUGUCCCAAGAGAAUACGAUGGUGAUGUCAUUUUGAACGGCUAUGAGCUGCAUCACUUCUCCCGUGCGAAGGAAGUGAAAGCAGCUGUUGAUAAGGCUACCAAGUGGAUAUCAGGAAAGCUAUCAUUAGCACUGAUGAAGAAUGGUAAUGUUUUUGCUGUGCAAGCAAAGGAUGUCUCCGAUUUUCUGUUUCAGGAGACAGGUGCUCUCUGUGUGGUGGACAACGAUCAGCUUCCACUGGUUGUUGCCACAAAGAGUCUGUAUACCACUAGUACCACAGCUACACUAAAUGAGCGUAAACCUGACAGAUCUUUGGUCUCUGAUAUUUAUAUCAUCAAAACUGAGUUUGGAGGUAACCGGUUAAUGCGCAGACAAUAUUCGAUUGAAGGCGAUAAUUCAUAUCAUGUCCUUCAGUGGGUACCAGCAUCAGAUACUGAGAGCAAAGUGAAGUCGCUUGCCAAAGGAAAGCAAUCAGAAGAACUUGUUGUGGUGGAACAGAUAAAUGAAGACCAAGCAGAAACAUCUGUGACAGAUACUGUGGAUGAUUUUUCAAUUAAGAAUUGCAUAGCAAUUGCAAACGCAAUCCAGGAUCUGUCUGAAGACGAGAGGGCAAUUGCCUACGACAUCUUCAGAGAUGAUCAGAACAGGGUGAUAUUUGUUUGCGCCGAUCCAGCCGCUCGCCUUGUCUGGUUAAGGAGGCAGAUGCCUAUACCCGACUGAGUCCUAAAGGAGGUUUCGAACUGCAGAGAAACUACUAAGAGGCUUGAUGAUCAGAUGAUAUGAGAAGGGGUAACAGGAAACUGCAGCCGGAAUACAAGUUGUAAAUGAAGUUGCGGAGUUUACAUAAUGUUCUGUGAACAUUACCAUGGACAACAUGUAGGAUUAGGCACCUUACUAUGAACAUCUUUCUGUCUGUAUUGUGCAGUAUUGGUUCUAUCAAACUAUCCUGAUUUUCAGGUAGCUUUAUGUUUUGUGAGUAUGCUACUUUA